UGUUGUUCCUUUGUCUCACAAGCCAAAAGAAACCUUAGGCUUUGGGUUGGAGAGUGCUUCUACAAUUGCUCUUGUUCAUAUCAUAUCAGGGCGGCGCAAUGGGGCGCGGGAAGGUCGAGCUGAAGAGGAUCGAGAACGCGACGAGCCGGCAGGUGAGCUUCAGCAAGCGCCGGGGCGGGCUGCUGAAGAAGGCGCGCGAGCUCGCCGUGCUGUGCGACGCGCAGGUCGGCGUCAUCAUCUUCUCCGGCAGGGGCAAGCUGUUCGACUUCUGCAGCCUGCCGCUCAGUGAGGAAUGGCACCAGAGCCCUGCUGCUUCCGGGGAGGCGUCGGCAGUGGAGGCGCUGACGAUGCUGCCGGCGGCGACGGAGGCGAAGGCGGAAGCGUUCGGGCACAGCUGCUUCUUGCCGGAGGAGGAGGAAGGGCCGGCGCUGCAGCUGUGGCCGCAGCCGCCGGAGCUGCACCACGUCGACGUCAAGGGCUUCGACCAGCCUGAACUGCGGCUCUGGUAAUCCAAGGCCGUAUGCCUCUGGAUAGAUAAAUUAUGUAGUACUAAUUUGAUUAACACUAAUUGCUCAAGAUAAUUAAUCUUGAUCAGCCAAGUUAAUAUUCGUGGCACAUUAUUUUGUUUCUGCAGACUAAGGAUUAA